AUGCUCCGUCUCCAUGGACUCUGUACUGCGGGGAAGUUAUCAAGGAAAGCUGGAGCAUCACGUGGUUCCCCUGUACAAGACUUUGCCUCCCCCCGCCGUUUAGGUGUUGUUACCUCGGCGCCCCCUCAACCAGUGGGAAGUUCUACUGCGUCGGAGAGCCAACCAGGUCCCCACACUGUUGUAAACCCUGCCACUAUGUCUCGUCCUCCUGUUGAGCCGAUAACUGAUAACGCGGUGGACAACAAGAUCAGGAUUACUGUCAGCGUUCGUCGGGUUGCAGAAAAGAGGAAAGUUGUGCAAGCGAUGAGUGGGCCGGCGCCUGAGGGUAGUUCAGGACCUAUUGGGUGGCGUGUGAUCCAGCACCGCGACCUUAUGCGCCUGCUUUCUUUUGCGCCGUCUCAUUCAGGGGAUGUGUUAGUUAUACCCGAUGAUGACGUUAGGGUAUCGGAGGGGCGUCUCAUCAGCCCAUUGUUCGUGUGCCAAUCUCUCCGAGUCCUGGUUUCAGCCAUCCGUCUUCGAAGGGUAGUCCUGAGCGGUUGUUUCAGGAGUCUGCUGCAGUAG